AGAAGAAGACCCGGAAAAACAUUCCUUUAGUUUUCUCCUGACACGUAUCUAGCAACGAAGUUGGCGGAGUCCAGUGUUGAAUUGUUCAUCGUUGCAGGUAACGGCGGCGGUCAAAAAUGUCAGGGUUUGACAACUUCAACACCGAUUUCUACCAGUCCAGCUACAGUGUAGAUGACCAAGGCCAACCUGCUGGAUAUGGCUACAGUAACACAGAAGACCCCUACAAACAGGGUCAGUAUGACUACUCCCAACCGAUGGGAUACUCAGCCCCAGGGAUGAUGCAACCCCAGCAGCCCUACACAGGCCAGAUCUACCAGCCCACACCAGCCUUCACACCUUCCCCCACACAGUCCAUGUACGGCAGCAGCUUUGAUGACGAGCCCCCGCUGCUGGAGGAAUUGGGCAUUAACUUUGACCACAUCUGGCAAAAGACCCUGACAGUGCUCCACCCCAUGAAGGCAGCAGAUGGUAACAUUAUGAACGAGACUGACCUGGCUGGGCCCAUGGUGUUCUGUCUGGCCUUCGGAGCCACCUUACUUCUGACAGGAAAGAUCCAGUUUGGCUAUGUGUAUGGCAUCAGUGUCAUCGGCUGCCUGGGGAUGUACUGUCUCCUCAACCUAAUGAGCAUGACAGGUGUGUCGUUUGGCUGUGUCGCCAGUGUACUGGGCUACUGCCUGCUACCCAUGAUCCUCCUUGCCAGCUUCGGAAUCAUCUUCUCUUUACAAGGCAUGUUUGGAAUAAUCAUCGCAGCCACGAUAAUUGGCUGGUGCAGUUUCUCCGCUUCCAAGAUCUUCAUCUCGGCCCUGGCCAUGGACGGACAGCAACUUCUGGUGGCGUACCCCUGUGCCCUCCUCUACGGGGUGUUUGCCCUCAUCUCUGUCUUCUGAACUGUCUCCUUCGUCUGUCUGUCAUCUACACCAUGCAGGAAAACGGCCCAGCAAACCCAACUAACUUGAGGACCAGUAAGAAGAGCUGCUGUGCUGCACCCCCCCCCCCCAUCACAGUGCAGUGGUGUGGCCAGAAACCCUGUCAGUUCCAUUCCUCUUUUACACCCGCCGACAGGGGUCAGUGGUAGAGUAUCAAUUCCAAACCCUUUCGAUUCAGGACUAAAGACCCAUCCACGGACCACUGCAAUCGUAUAUUUAAUGUAAAACUUGUUCUUUAUUCUGUUUUGUGUUUUUGUUUCUAAGAUUUAUUUGAGCUUUGAGGCCUUCAGAAAAUGUUUUGCACAGGUAUUUUCAUUUUUAUUCAACUGAAGCAGGUGACUUGAAAUUGAGUUGUUAGAAUAAGACCUUGUUGCAUAGUUAAUCUAUCUCUUAUAUCAACAGCCCUCUCACUCAUACAUACACAUCUGGCUACUCAGAGGUCUCCUUACAACUCUGAAAAGACGUGUUUUAUAAACCUGCAAUCAUUUUCACUCCAUUUUCUGUCCCGUUAGCGCUUUCUUAGAACAAUUUAAAUUGCUGAAACAUGAGGCGCCGCUUGACCAAAGCUCUGCCUUGUGGCAUUCUCCAUUGUAUUUUCCAGCCCUCUCCCAGGGCUGUGUUGGUUAUGCAGCUUGUGAUUAUAAACGUUAAGCAGUCAAAGUGCCUGCGCGAUGACACGGCUGUGUAAACACUGCACACACUCAAGUUAUGUCCAAAAAAAAAAAAAAAAAGAUGAAUAGAUAUUUGUGAGGUUUUAAUUUUAUUAUAAGAUAUUUUGUUGUUCAAGAUCACAUUAACCACACUGCAGGGCUCUAGCCUACUGUGCUGUCAAAUCAAAUUUAUUUACAAAGCCCUUCGUACAUCAGCUGAUGUCACAAAGUGCUGUACAGAAACCCAGCCUAAAACCCCAAACAGCAAGCAAUGCAGGUGUAGAAGCACAGUGGCUAGGAAAAACUCCCUAGAAAGGCCAACAACUGUUAAGACUUUGUUGUGUAUUCACAUUUUUUUCACGAACAGAAUAGGCGUCGCAAGGCGGUCAGCUGUGUUUAAUGGUAUUGUACUACAGGCCGGUCAAACCACACAAGAAGUAUCUCACAGAUCCUAGGAGAUUUUCAGUAUCUUAACCAUUAUUCUCAUGAAGUUUGUAUUCGAUCGGUUUUCUAUUUUUCACCUGAAGACUAUGAUGCAUUGUCGAGCUUGUUAUUUGGCUGCAGGUUGAUAUGGCACACUAGAGUGCAUUGAUUAACUGUUGUCAUAGUUUUAGUCUUUUACUGUUCACUUUGACUACAAUGUGGGUGUGAAUUUUGGUUUCGCACAAAGGUGUCACCUGAAAGGCACGGUUUUAUGGUCAUCAGUGGUUUUUCUCAGUUUUCCUAUAACUUUGUUUUUGUGCUAAACCUGAGCUCCUGAAGGGAUGCCAUUUUAUAUAGUCCAAUGAAUAAUGCAAAAAUUAAUCGAGUGCUUUUCUAUUUCAACAAACUGUACACAAGGGGAUACUUUGCAAUUCAAGCAACCAAGAGCCAUUUAUAGUGCUACUCUUUUAUGGCCAAGUAUUUAUAUACUGUGUCAUUUGUUUUGUACUUCUAAAAAGUCCCAAUGUUGUUCUUUUGACAUGUUGAAAAUCUUGAUGAAUUGGCAAAGCGUCGUGCUUGUGUGGUUUUAUUGGCCACUACCUAAAUAAAAUAUAGGUCGAUGCA